AGAGUGUGCUUGUUUCAUCCUCCGCUUCGCGACUUAUACCGGCACGUGUGAUCUGAUAACCGACAGUGACAGAUCUCUCACGGCUUCUGGACUCUGGAGGAAAAACCGUUUUUGUAAGUUACUGGUUCUUGUACUGACGGAAAAAUCAGCUUCAACGAGAGAAUUCCUGCAGCCUAUGAUGAUCAACACAUUCAGCGCUUUUUUCGCUUCUCACAGAAGAAAUAAAAUGUCGGUUCGGAUGUUUGUUCUCUACUAACGCACUGAUGAGUUUUUCUCGAUAAUCAAGCAGAGGCAGCGCCAACUUCUGUGUGUUACCGUUUUCCCAAAGGUCAUUUUUUUAGAGCGGCGGAGGGGUUACAGGUAUAAUGGAAUAAUGUGAAAAUUGAAAUUUUAACCAAAAAGUGAAGAAAAUUUCAAUCAUGGCACUGAUGGCAGGAAGUGUACCUAUUGCCGAAAACUAUGCCAUUACAAAAAUGAAAGUAGCUGAUGCCACUUAUAUGUGGACUAUAAAGAAUUUUAGUUAUUAUUCCAAUCCAACAGGACAAAAAGUAUAUUCACCCAUAUUCUCAGUAGGAGAUGAUGCGGCUUUGAAAUGGCGUUUAGAUUUGUUUCCGAUGGGAUUCAAUAAUCCAGAAUGGAUUUCCUUGUACCUUCAUUUAAGAAGAACAUAUUAUCGUGCAAUUACUGCUGAAUUUAGGUUUUCUAUACUUAAUCAUAGAGGUGAGGUGGCGUACCAAUUGCCUUGGUCUCCAAAACAUACUUUUACUGAGAGUGAUGUUUGGGGAUUCGAAGAUUUCAUAAAAAGAAGAGAUCUGUUGAGAGAUGCUAAAAUUCUUCUUCCUGCUGAUAAGCUUACAAUAUAUUGUGAAGUUAAGGCUAGCAUUGGCUAUGAAAUUACUAGAACAGAGACAAUUAAAGCACAUCCAAGCUCCUAUGAUUCUGAGCAUGAGGUUUGCAAUGAUUUUCAAUGGCUAUGGCAAACAGGACAGUUCAGUGAUAUCACACUUCUGCUGAAUGGAAUGACAUUCCUCGGACACAAAUGCAUAUUGGCAUCCCGUAGUUCAGUGUUUCAAGAAAUGUUUGUGGAUCAUGCUCGAAUGGGUAAUGAAAUUCACAUAAUAAAUCUCUGUGAAUUUGAAAAUAAGGUAAUAAUGGAGGUAUUAAGGUACAUAUACACUGGAAAGAUUGAAAAUCUGCAUUUGCUGGGGACAGAUAUCCUGGCUGCUGCUGUAAGAUAUGAUUUACAAGGAUUGAAGUUUGUAUGUGAAGAACACCUCAUACAUGGGUUACACGUUAAUAAUGCUUGGGAGUUGCUUGUGAUAGCAGAUAAACAAAGAGCCUUGAGGCUAAGAUUGAGUGCUAUUAAAUUUAUCACUGAUCAUUGUAAAGAAAUGAUUGGUACUCCAGGAUACACUUUCACGCAACAUUCUUACCCAGAUUUAGUGACUGAAGUUUUUAAUGCAAUGGCUAGUUCUAAUAAUGUUACUUCUGGAAGAGGCAAAAAAAGGAAAUAUUCAGAAUACAAUAUUGAUGAAAAUGAAUAUUAUGACGCGAUAGAUUGUCCAUUUGAUGAUAGGUAUAAAGAUGAUGAUAAUAGUUCUGAUAUUUACGACGAACAUGAUAAUUACAGUUACGUUGAUGGAGAUGAAGAUUUAGAAUAUUGAUGAUAGGUAUAACUUCGAAAUUAUGAAACGUAUUUAGUAUGUAAUUAAAUUUCUUAACCCAUAGAUCACCAAAAAAUUGAGAUUCAAAGUAUCUCAGAAAUAAUAUAUUUUUUAAAUCUAAAAUACGCUUCAGUACUUUAAUGGUUUGUUUUUAAAACGCAUGUAAAAAAUAGAUGAUUAUUUUUAUCUUAAUGAAUAAAUGAAUGUUUGGUAUAAAUUU